AUGAAGUGUCCGUACUGUUCAUCGGCGCAAGGACGGUGUGCCACCACAAGCUCCGGUAGAUCGAUAACGGAGUGUUCGUCUUGCGGUCGCGUAGUGGAAGAGCGACAGACUCAAAACCACCAUCUCUUUCAUCUACGCGCACAAGACAAUCCUCUCUGCCUCGUCACUCCUGAUCUCCAGACGGCGGCGCAACCGUCUCCAGAGGACGAGGAAGAUCCGUUUGAGCCCACCGGAUUCAUUACAGCCUUCUCCACCUGGUCACUCGAGCCUAGCCCAAUCUUCGCUCGCUCUUCCCUCUCAUUUUCCGGUCAUCUCGCUGAGCUCGAACGAACCCUAGAACUCGCUUCGUCCGCAUCGAAUUCUACGAAUUCUUCGACGGUUGUGGUGGACAAUCUUAGGGCUUAUAUGCAGAUCAUCGACGUGGCGUCGAUUCUAGGGUUGGAGUGCGAUAUCUCUGAGCAUGCUUUCCAGCUGUUUAGGGAUUGUUGCUCAGCUACUUGCUUGCGGAACAGAAGUGUUGAAGCGUUAGCCACUGCUUGCCUUGUUCAGGCUAUAAGGGAAGCUCAGGAGCCUAGAACUCUUCAGGAAAUCUCCAUAGCAGCCAAUGUACAGCAGAAGGAAAUAGGGAAGUACAUCAAGAUCUUAGGAGAAGCUCUACAAUUAAGUCAACCCAUCAACAGCAACUCUAUAUCAGUCCAUAUGCCAAGAUUCUGUACCCUCCUUCAACUUAACAAAUCUGCUCAGGAACUGGCAACACAUAUCGGAGAAGUAGUGAUAAACAAAUGCUUCUGCACUCGUAGGAACCCAAUCAGCAUUUCAGCAGCUGCAAUCUAUCUAGCAUGUCAGCUCGAAGACAAACGAAAGACACAAGCAGAGAUUUGCAAGAUAACCGGACUAACCGAGGUAACACUACGCAAAGUCUACAAGGAACUUCUAGAGAACUGGGACGAUCUUCUCCCAUCUAACUACACACCAGCAGUCCCACCAGAGAAAGCAUUCCCCACAACCACAAUCUCCACAACCCGCUCAACAACUCCUAGAGCCACCGUGGAUCCACCUGAACCGAGUUUCGUCCCACCAGACAACAAACCACCGGUCAAACCAGCCGAAACUAGUGAUCAUGUCCACCACCAACAACACAAAGGCAAAGAAGAUAAUAACAAGCACCCGAAAUUCCGACAGCCUUGGCUGUUUGGAACGGCUAGUGUCAUGAACCCUGGGGAGAUGAUAAGUGAUUCAGCAAAACACAAUGCUAUGGACUUUGAUAAACAGCAGCAGCUCGGAGAUAAGGACACAACACUGCCUAUAUACCUACGACAGCAUAACCAAUUCCCUUCAAAUCCAUCUCCGUCUUCGAAUAUCAGCACUAUCAAUUGGUCAUUUCGACCUUCCGUUGCCCACGGCUCUUCCAUCAACUUGCCUGUUGUUCAUCCCCCGAAGCUGCCUCCGGGCUAUGCUGAGAUUAGAGGUAGUGGAUCAUCUCAAACAGCAAACAAGAAUGCUAAUAAUCCCCAUAAAGACUUCUGCUAG